AUGGUCAAGCGCCCGCGACUCCCCUUUCGCAUUCCUUUCUUCCGCAUCUUCUACAGCACAACAUAUACCACCCUCUUCCUCAUUAUCCUCAUUUUAUUGGCCAUCACUCCGGCAACUCUCAUCUAUACCGCUCUCCGCGCCAGUGCCUAUCAGUAUGUCUUCGAGGUCGGCGGUGUCUACGUCCUGGUCAUCGUCUUUACCCUCUUCAUCUACUCGAGUCGACUCUACACCAACCGUUCCGUUCUCGCCGCCGUUGGCAAGUCUUGGAUUCCUGUACAGCCCGGCGAGGUCAGCAAAAAUGUUCGCAAAGAGGUCGUCAAGGCCGCAAAUAGAAGCGCUAGGAUUGCCUUCGAGACGAAGCCUAGGAAUCUCCAACCCGAGCUUGCACGCAACAAGAAGCUUUACAGUGACUCCGACCACAGCGAGCCCACCACCGUCGGCAACAUAGUCCACAUCGAUCCACAUCAUCCUCCUUGGGGUCGCGUCUCACACGCCGGCUGGUCUUCACCCUCUGAGCUCGAUGCAAACCUCGCCCCUCAUAUCCAAUUUCGCACCGUUGUCAUGGAGCUACCCAAUCUCAUUGAAGCCCGUGCUGUUUCGCUAGCUCCUCCGCUUCUCAUAACACAGGAUGCUACCGCUACGCCCGAAUCGCGGAUCGUGAAUGUGCUUUCGAGAAAGCCCACCGCUGACAUGCGCUCAUACCUGGCACAACUCUCUGGCCUCGGCCUCAUCCCACCAGAUGCCGGCCAAGACUUUGUUCAGCGCUAUGAACAUGCUCGAUUCUCUCCAAUACCCAUGAACGAGGAUGAAUUCGAAGACCUCAUGUCGGCUUUUGCAACUCUACUGGCCAACAUGAACCAAUUACCACCCAAAAUAAUCGACAUGGCCCGCGCUGGUUCAGAUGUUUCCUCCGAAACUUCAAGCUUAUCUUCCAUCUCUUCUCGCAGCGAUAGCAUUUCCUCCUCUAUCGCUGGAUCAGUCUUUCGCGCUCGUACCCCUGGCUCGAGACUACCAUCCUUCUAUACACCACGCGCAUCCAUGUCUGUCGCACGCACACCCUCUCCGAGCACCCGUCGUGCAGCUCCAUUCUCAACGCCUCGCCCACACACAUCUCAGACUGCCAAAACUGUCUACCGCACACCAUCCGAACAGACCUUUUCGACCAUGAACUCGGUCCGCAGAACAGCACCGAAUGGUCGACGAGGCAUGGCGGACGGCAACGGCUCACCCACAGCCAGUCUCCAUCGAUUGGAAAGCUCCGAAAGUGGACAGAGUGUCAUUCGUACACCACUCCCUUCUAGUUCUGCUACAUCCUACUACGGAUGA